AUGACCAGCAGGAACCGCGAGCCUCGCUCACGCGCCGCAUCUCUCGUUCGCGCUGCGCGUUCUGCCGCCAGCUCUCGUGCAUCUACUCCGGGAUCCAUUGAUCUCACUGAUAGUGUGUCUACGACCGGAUCCUCGUCUGGAAGUAGGAAGCGCAAGCACAGAUCAGUCAGCCUGCCAAGGCAGCCCAAAAGAUCGCGGAGGAUUGCUGCUAUACACGCUCCGCACGACGGAUCAGAAAUCGGUACAUUCUCGGCGGGAAACACGCAGGCUCUAUCUGGCGAGGGCCCCGGGGAAGUUGGCUUUGACCUGACAGUCGCGGACGUACUGGAGCAGCCAGAGCAGUACGCCGACGUCGAGACUUUGCCCGACAUAGGGCUGGGGGUCGUUGACAGGCCCCCCUCUCCUUCUGCCAACGCGAAGGGGAAACAGCGCGCCGCUACGCGCUCACCUACACCCGAGCCCAAAGCGGAGCCCGCUUCGCCCGCGCCACCGCCCAAGCAGACGCCCCUCGCCGAGUAUACCUGCCCCAUAUGCUUCUUCGCGCCGACGAAUGCGACUCUGACUCCCUGCGGCCAUAUUUGCUGUGGGAGCUGUCUGUUUACGGCCGUCAAGACCGCGAUGUUGCGUGCGGCGCAUACGCCGGAAGGAUUGGAGGCAAAGUGCCCCGUCUGCCGUGCCACAAUCCCGAGCUGGGAUGGUCGUGGUGGAGGCGUGAUCGGUCUCAAGUUACGGUCGAAGGUCACUAUAAGUCUCUAA